CCCUAUAUCUUUGUACGGUCUUUCUUUACCCUUCUCGAAUCUACUCUUGUGAGAGAUAGAGAGAGAGAUGGGGAUCAGUAAAGACCAAGCCUACAAGAUAUUGGGGCUAGAAGAAGGAGCACCUGAUUUUCUUGUUCGUUCUCAUUAUUGUCGGCUGGCCAACAAAUACCAUCCUGACAAGAAUCCUCACAAUAGGGAUGUUGCUCUACAUAAAUUCCAAAAGAUUGUUGAUGCUUAUGUUCGCUUACAGAUAGAGCCUGACGACUGUGAUCAGAUGAAAAUGAAAAUGAUACUAACAGAACUGUAUGCCAUAAAUGAAGACAUAUUAACAGAUGAAUAUGGAUCAACAUUUCCUGAUGAAUUAGACAUUGGGAUACCCUGUACCGAUAUUGUCCCUGCUACCUCUCCCCCUUACUCCUCUUCUGCUUUCUCCGAGAAAGGACCCUAUGCUGAGGUACUCCAGGACUUUAUGAUACGAAGCUACAUGUCUGGCGGUCGUAGGACCAAGCCAUCUGUGAACAUGACUGUGGAUAGGAAAUUGGAAGCAAGUGAUAGAGCAAUGGAGCUGGCAUCAAAGCAUGCUGAUGAAUUAUUGAAAGAUGAAGAGGAAGAAAGGAUGAAAGAGGAAAAGAGAAAGCAAAAGAAUAAGAAGAAGAAAGAAGCCAAAAAGAAAAAGAAAGGACAGACAAAUACUAGCAAGAAGAAGCAACCCUCCUCCUCCAGUGGUUAUGUUAUUGAUGAUGAUGAUGAUGAUGAAGAUGAUGUAUCAGAUGACAUUCAUUCCUUUCUUUCUGACAUGGGAGAAGGGUUGGACAUAACUGGGUCUUUCUUUUCAAAAGUUAAUGUUGCAAUAAAUGACCAGCCAAUUGGCAGCAUAGGAGCUGAGACCUUUACCAGAGGAGACUCCAUGAGCAGUACAACUAGUAAGAGCUCCAUCAGUAGCAAAGGAAGCACUGCUUCUUCUGUCUCUGAGAAUACAUGCCCAAGCCCUAAGAGAUCAAUAAGCAAUAAUUCCAUUGAAUACAGUAGCACUGGGAAUCAUGGUGCUACUACUGUUGGUAAUAAGAAGGCUUCAGUAGAUAGAAGAAUGGUUUCAGUUGAUUGUAUGGGCUCUACUGAAGCUCAUUUGACCAAGGUGACAGCUGCUGCUUUUAAGAAACCGUUUGAUACUCCAAAGGAAACUAUUGAGAAACCAUUGAGAGAGAUACAUGUGAAUGAUGAAUCUCUGGCUAAUGGGAAGGGAAAAUCUAACAAUACUGGCUACCAUAAAGAAAGACAAGUGGGAAAGACACAGAAAAGUACUUAUUGGGGCGGAGAUAAGGUCACCUUUAAACCAAACCCAUCAAAUUCCGGGAAAUAUUUCCAGCCUGAUCUCCCGCCACGCCUUGCUAAACUAGCCCAGUCAAAAGGUGGAAGACAGGUUUAUAAUAUCAACAAUGAUUGGAGAGCUGGAGGGACUAAGUAUACCUAUAACUGUGAGAGUAGUGGCUCUUAUGAUGGUGGUAAUACUUAUAUUGAAACUGAGGGAAAGGGAAGAAGUGAAAGAAUGACGUCAUCAAUGGAUAGUACCUUGAAUGAGACUGCUAUUGUUAAGAAUCCACCUGGUACUGACCGUACUAAACAAUAUACUCAUGAAGCUAUGUCAAGGAAUGGAGCUGGUAAUGAACUUGAUGAAAGUAGAAGAAUGGCUGUAUUGGGUAAUAGUGCUGCUAAAGAGGGUCAGUUUCAUGAUGCAGUUAUGUAUUUCAGCAAAGCUAUACAGCACUAUCCCUUCGAUAUGAGGUAUUACGGGAAUAGGUCUUUUUGUUAUGAACACUUGAAGGACUACAAACUUGCCCUUCAAGAUGCUAACGAAGCUUUGAGAAUAAAUGAGGAUUGGCCAAAAGGACAUUUUAGGAAAGGGAAAGCACUUGUUGGGCUUCAAAAAUAUGAAGAAGCUGAGGAAUGUUUUAAAAUGGCUGUUAAGCAUGAUCCUGACUAUAUUGAUGCAAUGGAACAGUUGCAGGCAACCCAGAUAAAAAGAUUAAUGGAGAUGGGCUUCAGUGAAGAGCAGUCAAGGACUGCAUUAAGUGAGUAUGAAGAUGUAGACAAAGCUGUUGAGAGCCUCAUACUGAGUGAUGUUGAUGGAUCCUCUGAUCUUACUGAGAAUGAGCGGCCACAGAGUAGUAGCCUUCCAGGAUCCGAUACAACUAGCGAAUCAGAGAGCCCAAAGCAAACCAGGCCAGUUAGACAAUCUAUUGGUAAUCGCCUGUGGGUUGGUAAUGUCAAUCCUGCCAUUAUUACUGAAGGAAUGCUCUUCGAUGCUUUUAAAAGGUAUGUAAGUGUAGAAGGAGUCCACAUAAUAGGAGAGAAGUAUUGUGCUUUUGUUGAGUUUAGUACUUCAGAAGAUACUGCCAUAGCAUUGGAACAGAUGCAGGAUUAUUGUCUAGAGGAUUGCACUCUUUAUUUAAGAGUUCCGGAUAAUCCUAAUUAUUCGCAAUAUCUUAAAAAUCCAAAGAAGUCUGCUCCUAAAUUUACUAAAACUGCUGAAGAGUGUCGUUUCUGGAGGACUAACGGUUGUUUUUUUGGUGAAAAGUGUCGCUAUAUUCACAUACCAAAGAACAAGGGGAUUGAUUUAAAAUUCAAAAGGAGCAUUCAUCCUUCACAGACGUAUUGGAGAAAAUGAUAUAACUAGAAACUGCUGCUAUUUAGCUAUUAUUAUUAUACUGUAAUCAUUUGAAUAAUAAAGAUUGUUAAAAUCUUA